AACCCUGAAACUUAGCUGAGGGCAUAGAGUCUUAAGGUUUAAGAAAAGGUCUCCACUUUUUUUGCCAUUUGUUUUUAUGUGUAUUGAUUUUUAACAGGCUAAGGUUUUGCUACUGUAUCAUAAGAGAGUUUAUUUGGUGUUUGUCAAGUUUUUCCGGAGAAACUGGCACGCACAAUAAGUUUAUUCUCAGUAUGACAGCAUUUGACAAGCUGCUCUGGAAACCUUAUAUAACAGUUUCUGGAAGAAAUGAGGAUGAUUCUAAUGGGAAGAAGGAAAGGAGGGAGGGAGGGGAAAAGGAAGGGGAAGGAAGGAAACCGACUUUUGAUAAUUAUUUCUCAACAAAUGUCUAUAUUUCAACUGGAUUGCAUGGAGAAAAUGUUUCAACAGGAUGGACUUGUGUAUGUGUGUGAGAGAAGGUGGGGGAGAAAACAGUAGAAUUGGCACAUUUUCUAAUUGUGUUCUGACUAAAGACUUCUUUCUUCUGGGCUGCUCAUCUGAGUCAAGCAGCUGCUGAAGUUCCAUAGUCUCCGCCUUCCAGGCAACAAGCAACAAUAGCUACAAAAGGGAUGUUCAUGAAAGGCUGAGAAUGCACUUAUUUCACUUGCUCUGCGGGCAGCCGGAGCUGCGGAAAGAUUUUGCUCUUGCUUUCCCAGCUGCUGGCAAAUGGCAGCCUUUCUUGAAUCAUGCUGGGGUGAUAAUUUCCUCACCUAGCUUCACAUUCAUCUUGUGCAACAGAGCAUUCUUCACUUCAGCAAGAACUCCACAACUGUAAGUUGGCAGAUGAUUUUGAUUUAUGGACCCCUGAGAGGGUCUUGAGGAACUGCUGUUCUGGAGAGAAGGCAAAAGGAAGACAGGGGUUCCUGCUUUUUUCACAGAGUGAAUCUGAAUGAGCUAUAGAAGAAGCUUCCCAUUCAUGCAGACAAAACUAUGAGCAACAGACAUGGGGGAUGGCAGAGUCUGGUGAUUGCUUUCCUGUGGAAAAUUAGCCAACUAGCAAUGCCAGCGCACGGAUGACACUGACAUGGAGUCUUAGUUCUGAAAGAUUUGAAAGUUGAUAGACAGAAAUGCUCUAGGGCCACAGGUCAGUAAAAUGUUUUGGAAUAGUGUUAAAUAAUACAUUUUUCUGGUUCAGGAUAACAUUAUCCCAAGGUAAAGAGGGACUGGAAGUGAACUCCCCAGGAUGGCCAAAACCAGGAGUUUCUUCUUUCUUUCUUUCUUUCUUUCUUUCUUUCUUUCUUUCUUUCUUUCUUUCUUUCUUUCUUUCUUUCUUUCUUUCUAGGAUAACCAUCGAUAGGCUUUUCUGUAGCCUUUUCAAAUAAGCAUGGCAGAGGGAGGAACUUCAAGACACUGGGAGGCAAAGAGACGUGAUGUCAAGAGGGCAGAGGCCAGGCUCACCCUGGGGCUGCGCAGCUUAGAGGAAGCCCGACUCUACUAUCUGAACACCAUGACCAAGGAACAGCAGCGACUCCAGCAGGAACUCCUAAGGUUGCAGAAAAGCUGCUCUAAGCAGAAAUUCUCAUUGGGCCCUGGACAUAUUCGCUUUAAAGCAACUUUGCCUCUACCUUCUUCUCUGGUGGUGCAGAAUUCUGCUGGCUUCCAUUAUACAGGAUUGCGAUCGCGAAGAAAAACAUUGCCGAAGACUGGGGAAGUUGCAUGGACAAAGCAGUCUUUCAGCCAUCCAUGGAAGCUCAGUGGAGAUGUCUCUGGUUAUGAAGGAAAGAGAAAAAAGCACUUGCCACCCUUGGAGGCCAAAGACCCAAAUAUUGUUGAUGACAGAGACAUGAGCAGUCUUAAAGACUCCAUGGCUAAACAGCUAAAUAUUUCAGCAGAGUCUGUGGGCAGGGAGGACACUGAUAUCAUAGAAGAGCAAGGAAAAGACUCAGUGAAAGAAGAGCCAAGGGAUCCUCGAGCCAAAGAUACCAUUAUUGUCACCAAGCCCAUGAAUCUCCCUGACAAUCGAAGACCUUCUCUCGAUCGUGAGAGGCUGGUCAUGGAUCCUGAGGCCUAUGCUGCUGAUGGACGCCUCAGGACUAUGUACAACAGACCUGAUUUCCUCAAAUCUUAUGGUGAAGUUAGGAAAGCCCGCUAUAUCCGGCACAAGGGUAUUCCAGCCUGGGAAAAGGAACUCAGCCUUCAAGAUAUAUUUGGGCCCAAAAAAACCAUGGGGCAUUCCUCUUAGGAAAUGGUUGCUACCAAAGCCAAGCCCUAAGCAGGCAGAAUAGGCAGAUGUAGCAAAGUAAAGCACCAAGAGGCGUCUGUUGAAAAGACUGCAGAGACAAGACCAUUUAGCUACUUCUACCGGGCAAGCUAAAUGCAGUCUGGUCUCAAGCAGGCAGCAAAAACAGGUCUUUUAUUGAGCAUCUGGUGGGCUGCUGUGCACAAGGACAAAGUGGGUAAGGAGGUGAGGGAAAUGGGGAGAUAAAGGCUCAAAGUUUCAUUGGGAACAUACAAUUUAAGAUCAAUGAAUAUGUACAUAAUAAUUCUACUCGGUGACUUAGUUUUAUCAGACGUAGUAAUCAGCUCAAAGUCCAGACCACACUAAUAUGAAGGACGUUUGGGGAAAAGAUAAAAAUGAUGAAUGGACUUUGAAGGUUCUUAUUCCAGUUUUUUUAAAGCCAGGUCUUUCAAGUCUUGGUUAACAUCUUUUGACAUCCAUUAUUUGAGCUGAUAAGCAUUGUAGCAUUUCCAUAUGUCACCCCCCCCCGCCCCCAGAUUGCCUUUUAGUUUUUAAUGGGGAAGGGGGAGAAAAUAGCUAUAGAGUCUUCAGUUUGGCUCCUGGCAUCUAUCUAGAUGAGUCCUUGCAAUUUUCUUUGCAAGUUUUUAGGAAGGAUUUGGCACUCCCUUCUUCCAGCUACAUUUAUGUAAUACCUUUAUUAAGGCCAGCCAAAAUGGCAGAAAAACAUGUGUAAAUUUCCUUUAGAGCAAUGUAUCAGGCUAAAAAUGUUUCUAGAAAGUGAAGAAUUGAAAAAAAAAAAGUAAGAAAGUCCAAACACUAGGGCAGAUAUGGUGCCUAUGAGUUCUGUCCUUUAAACUAAAUCUGAAUAUGUUAAGAUGUGGAUUGUGGCUAUCAAAUUAAAGAUCUGACACUAAUAUGCUGGUAUCAAAUUAAAUUUAACAUUCUAGGAUAAAGAAA